GACACAACCCAUAAAUAAUAGAAUAAGAACGUGCAGCACACAAACAAAAUGGAGAAAUCGGAGAAAAAUAUGACGGAAUUGGAUACUUUUAUUCCAAAGGACGAAUCUGGAAUUAAAAAUGGAAAAUAUGAAGUUACGAAGGGGGACUCCGAGGCAGCUUUAGGUGGACAAUUUGAUCCCUUUAAGGCGCGUGUGCUUGAACACCCUGUAUCAGAAGUUGGUACCCUCAUACACUUGCUCAAAUCGUGCCUAGGAACUGGAAUUUUGGCAAUGCCGUUAGCAUUUAGAUGCUCGGGACUACUAGUAGGAAUCAUCGCGACCAUCAUCGAGUCUAUCAUUUGCGGUCACUGCGCGUACAUUCUGGUCGUCUGCGCGCACGACUUGUGCCGAAGAUCGGGCAGAACGAUACUGACCUUCGCCGACGUCGCAGAAGAGGCCUGCCGUCGAGGUCCCCCAUGGAGUAAGAAAUACAGCAAGUGCGCCAGGCGAAUGGUGGACAUCGGUAUUUUCGUCACCUACUUCGGAACGUGCAGCGCCUAUGCCGUAAUAGUAGCCGCGAAUUUCGACAAAGUGACCGGUUAUUACUGGGGAUCGCUCGACGUCCGAAUGUACCUGCUAAUCCUACUCGUGCCUUUAAUCAUUCUGUGCUAUGUACCAAACUUAAAGUAUCUCACUCCAGUUUCAAUGAUUUCCAACGGUUUUAUGGGCGUUGGUAUUUUAAUUACAAUAUACUAUUUGGUCGUCGGCCUUCCAUCUAUUAAAAGUGAACAAUUGGUCGGUGACAUCACGCAGUUUCCGACGUUCUUCAGUAUCACCAUCUUCGCAUUGGAGGCAAUCGGCGUGGUGAUGCCUCUUGAAAACAACAUGAGGAGACCACAACGGUUUAUCGGUCUUACUGGUGUUUUAAAUCAAGGCUUGGCGGCAGUUACAAUCUUAUACAUCUUGGUAGGUUUCCUCGGUUACUUGAAGUUCGGAGAUGCCACUUUCGCCAAUGUGACCUUGAAUCUCCCCGAGGAGGACAUCGCCGCUCAGAUAGUGCAGAUUUUAAUCGGUCUAGCAAUCUUCGGUACCUUUGGACUGCAAUUCUUCAUCUGUCUAGAGAUUUUAUGGAACGGUAUCAAGGAUCACUUCACGAAAUACCCAACAAUUGCAAACUACGUACUGAGAACCGUUAUGGUUAUUGUGGCCGUCUGUAUUUCGAUAGCAGUACCCACCAUCGGUCCAUUUAUCAGCUUAAUCGGUGCCUUGUGUUUCUCAUUUCUCGGAAUUGUAAUCCCAAUUCUGAUCGAAAUUGUCACCUUUUGGGAAAAGGGAUUUGGAAAGUACAAUUGGAAAAUUUACAAGAACGCCUUUGUCGUCAUUGUUGGAUUAUUAGCUCUUAUUUUUGGAACAAAGUCCGCGGUCGAAGACAUUAUAGAUCUUUAUACCACAAAGCCAGACUCCAUGUUCUUUAAAAACCUAUUUGACUUGUUCAAUGCAUCAACUAACGCUUUAGUUCACAACACCAGUGUGCCAAUUAAUGUAACAUCAGGCAUUUGAAAUGCAUUUAAUUAAUAAUUUCAUUUUUUUCAAAGCGCAAACAUUUCCCUAUCCAGUGCUUAAUUCAUACAAAAAAACUCUUCCUGGCUACACCUUUGCGUUCCUUCAAAUGUGCACAAUUGAAAACUACUAGAGAAAUUAAGUACUGUGAUUUAUAGGCAUUAUUUUUUAUGCUUCUAUUGUACAAUUAGGACAAUUUUGUAAAAUAUUUUUGUACGAUUUUAUUUGUAAUGUACGAAAACUUUUAGGCAUUUCGUUUAAAAGCGUAAUUUUGUCGCUUUUAUUGCAUUGCUUGCUAUGAAAUGGCUGUGAUGUUACAAACUAUUUAUCAGAAAAAUCUGCACAUUAUCAUUGUAAAUAUACUUUUUCUACACAUUUGUAAGAGAACAGCUCAGAUCGAACCCACACGUUUUGUGCCUUUUUUUUCAACGAAAAAUGAUGCCUGAAAAGUUUUGUAUGCAUACGUGUGUUUUAGGUAUUUUAGAUAGGUAUAGUAGUUGAAAGAGUAACCAGGGUACAUUAUUUAUUUAAUUAAUUUUUAUAAUUGACCUUAACAAAGGGUGACUAUUUAAUAAGAAAUACUUUGUAUUGAGAUCCGUUGAUGUAUGUUCCUGUGAAAAGACAAUUAAAUUUUAAGUUGUG